UCCCAACACUUAAAAUCCACGUCUGUCUCUGCAACACUUCCAUCCCUGCACAUACCCAUCAAAUUCGCCUCAAAUCCACACCAAAUUCAAUCUAAAUUCGCAAAUUCAUAUCGAAUCCAUUGAAAAUUUCUCAAAUUCCCCACACUAAACGCUAGAUUUCAUCAUCAUACAUCCAAUUUUCAUCGACCUCUCAAAACCCGCUUCUUCAGAUCUCAAAGAAACCCUCAAAUCCCCAUUUAAAGCUCCAAAUUCAGCUUCUGAUUACGAAAUUUCGGAUCUUGCAUUCUAAUUCCGUCCAUUUCCUUCACGGUUCUAAAAACCUACUUAUCUAACUUUCCAAAAAAAAUCCCAAACCCUUGCAGUUUUAUUCAAGUUCCAGAAAACAGAAAGGAUAAAGCCCAAAUUCUCUUGCAUUUUGCAAAACCCAAAAGUUAUAUUCAAAUUCAUCCCAUUUUACCCAAAAUUUUAGAUUCUCCAAAUCUCUGCAAAACCCCGAAUUCCAUGCAUUUCCAUUCAACCUCUUGGAAUACCUAGAAAAAACCCCCGGUAAACACCUAAGAUCUCAAAAGGAAAAAAUCUUAAUCCAUCCCAUCUUACUCAAGAUCUUCGACUUUUCAGUACCCGUUUCUCCAAAUCUCAUUAUAAAUCUAAAUUUGUUGGCAUUCUACGAAGUUUACUUAAUACCCAAAAAUCCACAAAAAAGGAGAAAAGGCCCAAAAGAUCCAUCCACAAACCUAUUUAAAUACCUCGAAUUACUUGAAAACCAUGUCAUUUGAGGAAGAAGACUCGUUCGAGCACACCCUUUUGGUUGUCCGCGAAGUCUCCGUCUAUAAAAUCCCACCUCGUAGCACAAGCGGUGGGUACAAAUGCGGGGAGUGGCUGCAGUCCGACAAGAUCUGGUCGGGGCGUCUCCGCGUUGUCUCGUGCAAGGACCGCUGCGAGAUCCGGCUUGAGGAUCCCAACUCGGGCGAGCUCUUCGCAGCCUGCUUUGUCCUCCCGGGCCAGCGGGAGAGCUCCGUUGAGACUGUUCUCGACUCAUCACGAUACUUUGUACUGAAGAUCGAGGAUGGUACGGGCAAGCACGCCUUUAUUGGGCUGGGGUUCACGGAGAGGAAUGAAGCGUUCGACUUCAAUGUCGCACUGUCGGACCAUGAGAAGUACGUUAGGAGGGAGCAUGAGAAGGAGGGCGGGGAGUCGAGUGACGACAGUCAGAUCGACAUUCAUCCCGCUGUCAAUCACAGGUUAAAGGAAGGUGAGACCAUCCGGAUAAAUGUGAAGAACAAAUCAUCUAGCGGAACUGGCAUGCUUUCAGCUGCUGGGUUGACUGGGGGUGUUUCCAGCACUGGAAAACCCAGUGCGCUUGCACCGCCGCCUCCUGGAGUAGGGAAAAUCAAGACUGUCCUUCCACCCCCGCCAAACGACCCUGCUGCUGCUCGGAUGACUUCUAGUCCUGGUGUGGGACUUAAGGGUCCCAAGGAAAAUUCAAGGCGCACCAUGGAUCCUUUUUCAGAUCUUUCAAAGAUCGAGAGAAGCCUUCCUUCAACGACUGGCUCAGCAUCAACAAAGAGUACUGCAUCAGGAUGGGCGGCAUUUUGAACCUUCUUGGAGCUUUCUUUGAAUACCAAUUGUGACCUUUUUUUGUUCUCCAUCUUUGGAGGAGAGUGAAAAGCAGACCCAAAAGAAAAGAAAGAAAAAAGGAAAAGAAAGACAAAUGCGAGCGCUCUGGACGAAUGAUCUUGGGUUGGAAGCGUGUGUUGUUGCAUUUUUUGGUUUCUGAAAAUAAUGAUUAGAGAAAUGUGUUGAGUGCUUCUCUGCUCUUGACUUGAAUUUAGAUGGCCUUUUACCGUCUUUUAUAUAUAUAUAAAGAGAUUGGCUAUAUUUGCAAUUA